AUAUGGUAUGAUGACGGUGGGACGUUGGGCAUGGUGUGAUGCUGCGAACGUGGUUAACGACAGGGCACUCACGUCAACGAUCUCAGGAAUGUGCAGCUUCGUGUCUGAUGCAAGGGUGCAACGUGCCAUCCACGUUUCUGCAGAAUUCUCCGCGCCUCUCAGAAUCGUGAAUGCGUUCCACAGGGUGGGAGCGUUGCGAUUGGCAGGUGGCUGUUCUUGUACAAUGCUGACUACAUUCUUGGAAUGGGUCGCCACAGUAUGUUACUCCAAAACGAGUCGUGUCGAGCAAACGGCGCUGCAGCGGUCGAGACCUGGUCGUCGUUGGUGUGGGAGAGGUUGCUGUGUGCACCCGCCGGCUGCUUUAAGAUGAGGCUAUUGCACAGACUACCGUGGGCGCAGAAAAGACAGCUGUCUGUGCGAUGGGCGAGGAAACGUCUUACAAUAUCAGGAACACUGCACCAGCUCGCAUCCCUUUGGCCGUACCAUUAUUGCAUGCAGAUGAAUGCGGCCGGCACAAAGAAACUCGCGCAAACCCCUCACGUGGUCGUCUUUGAGCGUCUGUCUCUGCAGCUGGGUGGCUUCUGCUGCGGUACGAGACAGGACUGAGCAGUCCGAGCACGACGCACACGAUGCUGCUGG